AUGUCCUCGUAUGCUCUGGUGUUUGGAAAGACACGCCAUCUACUACUUGUGUUGGAGCAUAAAGCAAUGUGGGUAGUGAAAAAGCUCAAUUUUGACUUAAAGGCCAUAGGGGAAGCAAGGAGACUUCAGUUGGUCGAGCUUGAUGAAUGGAGAACUCACGCAUAUGAGAAUUCUAAAAUCUACAAAGAGUGCGCAAAACGUUGGCAUGAAAAACAACUAUGCGAGAAGAAUCUCCAAGUCGGACAGAAGGUCUUAUUUUAUAAUUCUCGGCUACAACUUUUUUUCGAUAAGUUAAAAUCACGAUGGUCUGGUCCUUUUAUAAUCAAAGAGGUAUUCCUGCAUGGAGUGGUUGAGUUAUGCAAUGAGGACGGGACCAAUACAUUCAAAGUCAAUGGGCAGAGAGUCAAAAUAUAUAACGGAGAAGACUUGCAUCGCGAGAACACCUCCGUGUACCUGAGGAAUUCCGACUAA